UUGAUGUUAUUUGUUUUUCAUCCUGAUGUUUAGAAUUUUCUUUUUUAGUUAUUUAAUUUUGUCAAACUAGUCACAUAUAUAGAGUUUACACAGCAAUGAGUAUGGAGUAUUAGGUUAAGGUCCAUUUUGAGAAUAUUGAGAACAAUUAAAAUGUGUCGUUGGAAAAUGUUACAACAAUGAUCUUCUACAGUUACUGCAGAUUACCAGAAGAUAGAAGAGAAGGGGGGAGAUCACACCUUGGGGCACACAGAUACAAGUCCAGGAAGUAAUGACUGUUGGUGUGUUUUAAUGUGAGCGGGUGUUUCAGCGCUUUUGUUAGUUUGCAUUUGUAAUCAAAUGCUUAGAAAUGGAGUUUUCCUGCCCUGUCAUCUUUGCUCUCAUGUUUUCCCACAUUUGCUUCACAUCAGGUUCAAGUGAGGAGCUGACUGUGAAUCAGAGCCCAUCUAACAUCACUGUGAAUGAGGGAGAUUCUGCUCAAAUCUCCUGCUGCUGGAAGACAAAACAGAAAAGUGUUAAAGUUGUUUGGUACAUCAAUGAGAUCAAACUUUCAGGAGUAAAGGAUCAAACACAGAACUGUUCAACGCUCCACCUCACAAACAUACUUAAAAAUCAAACAGGUCAUUAUGUUUGUGGAGUGAUUCAAGACAUUCCAUUCCUGCUUAAGGUAAAAGGAAAUGGAACAGAUCUAUCUGUCGGGGUCAGACAACUACAAAAGACAACGACUGACACUGUUCAUAGCUCCACCAGACUCCCAGCAGCCAGUGAGGAUCUCGUAACAGCAGGUAGUUCACGUAAGGUUGUUAUAAUAUACAUACUCAGAACUCUGCCCUUUGUCUGUCUGCUGAUGGCGUUCUUUUACCUAAACAGGGACCACAAACCAGCAACCGUGUCAAAACCAGAAUCAGAAGAAGGACUGGAUGAAGACCUGAAGGCCGGAGAGACACAGAGAAGUCAAACUGAACUUUCUGAACAGGAGAAAGGGAGGGACAACUCAGAAAAACCUGAAGUUACUGAUGCUGCAACAGAAGAAGAAAAGAAUAAAGAAAAAGAGACUGUUGUAAUUGUGGACGUUGAACAAGAUACAUCACCAUUGCAUUCAGUCAUUCAUCACGGCAAUGAAAACAAGACUGUUAUGGACACAUCAGAAAAGACUAAUCUAAUAGCUGAUGUUGAAGACGUGACCGUUCCUGUGCUUGAUGACAUUGUUUCAGUUCUGUGAGAAAGACAGGAAAUGGAGAUAUGGGUGUGCUGUUCAGGUCUAUGAUGUCACGUCCUGUAUAGUAGCUUGUUUGCAGAGUCCUAAUGGUUUGCAAUGACUGUGACCGAAUUCUUACAGAUUGUAUCGAUAUAUAGCUAUGUAAAAAGUUUUGUUGAACUUCA